AUGAGUGGAAACAUUCAAUCAGAGCAAGAUUUGACGGAAGCUGGAAAAUUCUAUUGUAUUAUACAUGAUAUAUACACUAACCCACGACCGCAUGAGGAUAAAAAGGAUAACAGCAACCAUCCUAGCUACCGUAAAAUUAAAUUGCCCUAUUAUGUACAAUGCGCUAACCGUUACGAAAACGCUAAACGUGCAUACGAGAACCAAUUUCAACGCGAAAUCAAUAAAUUGAUUGCCUUACAGUCAACCGGUUAUGAAGCCGCACGUAUGAAUAGACAUUUGUGCAUAACGAGUAUAUGGCCACCGUUGCAUAGUCGUCAUGAUAUCGAUUACACACAUCGUCACUUUUUCAGAUUAAACCGAAAGGAACGAACACGUUUGCAAUGGAUUAUGACCACAAACAUUAUAUGA